CCUAGCGGUUCCGGGGGGAAGAAAAAGGCAUACUAUUUAGAAAAUGCCAUGCAGUUUUGCCUGCCAUUCAUCAAAACAGUAAUUCCCCCUCUCCGGGAAACUUGCCUCCACAACCCAGCAAUAUUCAGUCUACAGUUCAUGAAAUUGAAGGUUCUGAAACCCAAAUUGAUGACCCCAUUCAGUUGGAAAUCAAUCCUACAGACAAAGGCCACUUUUCCCCAGAAAUGUCUCCCUCAAUUUUAAAGGAUUCCCAACAGGCAGUGGAAAUGCAAUCCACAAGUUCAACAUCAAGCAAUAGACCUACUUCUCAAAUCCCAAAAAAAAGCCAAAAAUGCUGCGACCAUAGUGGACCAAACGGUAGCAGAGUACUUCAGGGAAAAAAAGGCGAAGCUACUAUCAAAACCUGAGGCCGAUGCUACCAAUAAGAAAAUUGAUCGACAUCAGGGGAUCAAGAUGUUUCUGCUCAGCUUGAUUCCAGAAUCAGAAGAAUUGAGUGAUGCACAACUCAAACUUUUCAAGCGACACGUGUUGAGAGUGAUUGAUGGCAUAAGUUUCUCGGGACAUCAACAACAGAAUCCACGGUCCUCAUCAGGCCUCACCAUCCUCACCUCACCGACGAUGUCCGACUCAAGAGAUUCACAAAUAGACUUGACUCACAUGUCGUCUGAUGUAAAUAUCCAAACUGCAUAUUUUUAUAACGCUUUUUCACAAGGUCUCAAUAGCUCAAAAAUGUAAAUACUCAA